CGCUCGUAAACGGCCGUCAAAUCGAUUCCAAUCCCAGAAGCAUCGAGUCGGGCUUGUGUGCGGGUGUGUGUGUGUACGCGUCGUCUUUGUGAGCAUAAAACGUAGCAUAAAGUCACAAGGAGGCAGCGCAUAAUCAUCACACACAAUACAUCCAGUCGGGUCAGUGUGUAUUUACCUCCCAACAUUGUAAACGUCGCAAUUUGAUUUCGCUGCUGAUUUUGCAGGAGGAAAAAUUUGUGUUUUGUUGCCUUUCUGUGGGUGAAAAAAUUGUUGAAAAAAGGAAACAAAUUGGUGACGUGAAGAAAAGUCGCAGCCCACUGUGUGUGAUUUCGAGCCGCGAGGAGAAAGGGUUGAAAAUCCGCUUCUUGCACACUUGGUGAAAAAUAUUCCGUUUUUGGGAGUGAAAGUGUCGCGCAGAAGAAUUCAGGUUGUGGGGAGUGUCCCUCGCCCUUUACCGUUGCUGCGAGCAGCGUAGAAAAUCCUCCAAAAUGUGGUGAACGUCCAGACACAACAGUUCCAGCGAGGAGAAAAGACAAAGUUCCCGAAAAUUUUCCUCAACAUCAACUCCAGCGGCCUCCAACUGCUGCUGCUUCCGGUGGCCGAGAUGGACACCACAACCGAGGAGGACGAGGUGGCCGACAUCCGGGAGCAGAUAUUUCACAACACCGUACGCGAGCAUAUCAUUUUCCUGCUACUGUUUCUGCUGCUUUACCUCGGCAGUUUUGCCCUGAUCGGUCGGUUUAGGCGGCGCGACCGUGAAGACCUAUUCUCCACAGACGACGACGAGAUUACUGUUUAUAGAAUUAGUUUAUGGUUGUGCACCUUCUCGCUGGCCGUGGCCGUGGGUGCGGCCCUGCUCCUCCCAAUAUCGAUCGCCAGCAACGAAGUCCUGCUGCUGUACCCCAACAGUUAUUACGUCAAGUGGCUCAACAGUUCGCUGAUUCAAGGCCUCUGGAACCACGUGUUCCUGUUUUCGAAUCUGGCGCUGUUUGUGCUGCUACCGUUUGCCUACCUCUUCACCGAGUCGUCCGGCUUCAGCGGGCACAAGAAGGGCGUGAUGGCGCGGGUGUACGAAACCUUUACCGUGUUCUCGCUGCUGGCGUUCAUCGUGUUCGGCAUGACGUACGUGGUGUCGGCGCUGCGCGACCCCGAGCGCAACUCCUUCCAGGCGCUGUUUAAUUUAGGAAAAUAUCAUCUGCCAUUCUUAUACUCAUGUGUAUCAUUUUUAGGAGUACUUUUACUAUUAGUUUGUACCCCGAUGGGCUUCGUGCGGCUGUUUGGCGUCGUUGGCCAGGUGCUGGUGAAGCCGAACCUGCUGCGCGACGUAAACGAGGAGUUUCACGCGUUCAACCUGGAGGAGGCCACCGUGCGGCGGAAGCUCGCGAACGCCAACAUUAACAUUGAACUCAAGAGCGUCACCACGAUCGACUACGCCCCGUCGAAGCUGUGCACCGGCCUGGAGGAUUUGUAUCAAAUCCGGCCGACCGGCAAGGGCGCCAACGGCCACGAGUCCGUGAAACUCUUUGAAAGACUGAGAGAGCUUGAGGCUGAACGAAAAUCUCUAGACAAGCAGCGCAGUUCGUCGGCGUUGCAGCGAAAUCUGGUUUACCCGGUGGCGAUGCUGCUGUUGCUGCUGCUGACCGGAAUCACCGUACUGCUGGUGGUGCAGAACACGUUGGAGUUGCUGAUCGGAAUCAAGGCAGUGCCGUUGAGUACGAGGCAAUUCACCCUCGGCAUCACGUCCCUUUCGAAGCUGGGGCCGCUGGGGGCCGCCCUCGAGGUGGCCAUCAUCACGUACCUGGGCGUGACCUCGGCCGUCGGCCUCUACACGAUGCCAUUCAUGCGGAACGUCCGGCCCCAGCGCCGGAAAACGUCCCUCUCGCAGCUGAUCGCCAACUGCGGGCUGGUCCUGAUCCUGAGCUCCGCGCUGCCAUUGCUGUCCCGGAUACUGGGCAUCACCAACUUCGACCUGCUCGGCGACUUUGGCCAGAUCGAGUGGCUCGGCAACCUGCUGAUCGUGCUGCUGUACAACGUGAUCUUCGGCACGGCGGCCACGCUCUGUCUGGUGAACAAGUUUACGGCGACCGUGCGGCGGGAGCUGUGCGCACGCGACCUGUUCAGCUACCUCAACCGGGAGGCGUUGGCCGAUGGCAAGUUUGCCGUUAACAUGGCCGCCGUGUUCGCGUCCCGCCAGCUGGACGAUCUGGUCAUCAAGGAGACGAAGCUGCGCAACGCGAUGCUGACGAUCCUGCAGCAGAACUUUCAGAGCAUUGAAAAGCUAAAGUUUGAAGGGAUGAGCAGGUUCUACAACUCGAUUACGCUGCUUGGCGAGUACUACCACAGGAAGAAGUUUGCCAAUGGGAAGCGGAUAUUGAUUUUGGGUCAGAGUUUGCUGCUGCUGUUGACGACGGAGCUGGAGAGUGAGAUUAAAAAGUGCGAGGAGUUGGAGGGGUACACGAUCGAUCCGGAGUUUGCCAAGGUGAUAUUGACGCAGGUUACGCUGAACGGGGGCGAGGCCAAGACGGAACACAAGCAGGAGAUUGACGAUUUGAACUACUCGAUACGGAAGUGCCUGAUCAAUGUGGGUGGGAUGAGUUCGCGGGCGAAGGCUUAUCUGCUGAUGGCGCUGGACUUGUUCUACAUGAACUUCAACUUGGGCCAGAAGCUGCUGGAGAAGUUGUACGGCAAGUACCUGUUUGAACCGGAUGAGGACACUUCGACAAAGCCGGAGGGAAAGAGCAGCGAUGGGUCGGCACCUGCCAAGAAGGAGGACACCCCGGUGGUGGAAAAGUCUGAGUCAAACUCCACCGGCACCAGUGGAACGGGUUCAAAAUCAGCAUCGAAGAAACCUGCCGAAAAGACUGAUCAAUCGCGCAAGCAGCAGCGCAACUCGAAACCUGCCCCAGUCAAACCCCGUCGGAAAGAGGAACCGGUUUCACCGGUGGUCACAGGCAGGCCAUCCCCGUCCACUCCGCCCAAGAAAUCUCCCCAAGCGCGUGUUCGACCUUCGCUAAACCACACGUCCCCACGCAAAGAUCAGCAACGCAACGUCAGAACACCCGCGGCCACAACCACCCCCAAGUCCCCCCUCCAGAGGCGUACCCCGCCGGAAAAGCUCAAGCAGCUAACCACCACUCCGCCACCCCCGAACCCAUCGGUCCUAAAGCAAAACUGCAAAGCCACCGCCAAGAACCACAACCACAACUCGACGACCAGUCCCAACACCAGCUCCAACAACUCCAACUCGCCCGGAAGUGGCCACGGCGGUAGCGGUCACACCCAGUCCGGUGGUGGCGGCGGCGGUGGCAAACCCCUGAAGCUGCAGAUGCCCACGUCCGGAACCGGAACUGGACUGGGACUCGGCCACGACGACAACGUCGAGAACCUCGCCUGGGACGAUCUCACGCUGGAGGACGAAUCGCCGCAAAAGAUCAACCCCCACACCAAGUCGUUCCUGUCGUUUCUGGCGCAAAAGUGAUCUCUUCCUGCCGGAGUAGGUGGGACAGCUGCAACAAAUGUGCCGUAAAACGUGUAACUAUUUUAAAGGACGAAAAGUGCAUUUUAAUUUUGUCUGUGGUAAAAAAUGUCGAUUUUGUGAUAUGCACGUCGGGGAGUCGUCGGAGAAAGCUUUUAGAAUAAACCGUGUAGGACAACCGGAGCAGGGAGCAUCUGUUUCUUUCCGGGGAUAAAUAAGUUUUAAGAGUCGAUAGGUUAGGCGCAAUUUUUUGUCCACGUUUUUUUUAUUAUUUCCCUUUCUUUGUUCUUCAGUGGUAAUAUAUUAUUUGUUUAGUAAAA